AGAAUAGAUACACACUGGCGUAUCUUUGUUGGAGAAUAAACAGAGGGUUACAUGAACACAUUCAAUUGAAUAUGGCUAUUCCCGGGCAUACAAAGUGUCUUGUCGAUGGUGGCUUCGGGCGAAUUAAAAAGCUAUUCAAGAGGUCUGAUUGCGAGAGUCUGAGUCAAUUUGCAGACAUUGUGGAUAAAUCGGCAAGGCACAAUUUCCUUGUUUUAUAUCGAAAUGAAAACAAUGAUCAAACAUGGAAAUGGUAUGACUGGAAGUCGUAUUUGACGCGAUAUUUCCUACAAGUGAAAGGCAUACAGAAAUAUCACAGCUUCAGAUUUUCUGCUGCAGACAAGUCGGUUGUGUUUGUAAAGGAAAGAACAGAUAGCGAGGAGAUUAGAGUUGCGCUGAUAAGACGUAAUACUGAAGUUCUAACAACAACCUUUCCCGAGGUCAUACAGCCCGCAGGAUUAAGUCGUACACGGCGCGAAUAUUUAUACCGUAACGUUAGAAAAUAUGUGCGUCCUGCAUACCAAGAUGCCGCGUGCCCGGCAUACACUGAAGAGUGAUUCACGCUGCAUGCGUAAAGACUAAGUGAUGAAUAGUGUAAAUGUUUUCAAGUUCAGUUGUUACCAUUUUUUAUAAUUAAAGUUUUGCUUUUAACAUUCUAAGGUUAUGACACCAGGGGCCAAGUCUUAUAAUUAUAAAAUGUAAUUGUUUUACAUGUUUUAUUCAAGAAUACGAUAAUUUUGAAAAUAGUGUUAUAAAAUAGUUUUUAAAUUAUAUUUUAAUAUCUUACUUUUAUAUAUUUUAGUAUUAUUCUAGUAAGUGCAAAAUUAAAACUUUUGAAACACUUGACUUCAUUUGUUAUCUGCUAAACUACAUUUGACGUCGUCAUAAUUAUUAUGACGUUACGUAAAUCUGUCAUUGACGUUUCAUUAAUGUCCUCUUUUAAACCUCUAUAUCUCAAAAAGUAUUUGCAAUAUCAAUG